GUCAGUUGGCAAUUUUUUGUGUUAACUGCACCUUAUAAGGGAAAAAAUGCAAAUCAUCCGUCAAAAUGCGCCGCAAAGUGGUUCCACUGAUGCCAAAAUGCUGAGCGCGGUGACGAUACGACACUUUUGGGUUCUGGGCAACGCUGUGUCUGACCGCUUCAACCAAUUUAUUGGAAUGUCUUGGUCGUUGAUGAUGUCCUGUACUCAAGAAAAUUCGAAACCAAACGACGGAUAGUGUGGUCAGACGGUGCCUAUUUGCCUCGAUAUUUUCGACGAUAUGCACCUUUUGUUAACACAUCUGAAGGACGAUUUUCAAUUUACCUACAUUGUGACUAUUUCGGCGCAUUGUUUCGGUGUAAAGCGAUUCAUGACUAAAAUUGUAGUAAAUUGACGUUUCAGAAAC